CUGUAGCUGCCUGUAACGAAAUUUCGAAAACCUAAAAAGGAGAGGAAUUUGAGUUUUGGAGUCUUUUGUUGACAGCUUUAAUUUCUGAUUCCUGGCGAUUAGCACGCGAGAGGAUUCGUUGCUGAGAAGUCGAACUGAUCAGAGUAAGAUGCCUCACAACUCUUCAGUAAGAAAACUUGGUGGUGAGCAGUCGGACGGGGGCGGAUCUUCCUCAAAAUCUCAGCGCGGUAAGGCGGGAAGAGUUACAGAAGACAACGAGAAGAAGAGUUCUUCGAACAAGCGACUUAAGGACGUUGAGAUCAGCGUUCCGAUAGUGUACGGUACCAUCUCAUUCUGGCUUGGUAAGAAGGCGAGCGAGUAUAAUUCGCAUAAGUGGACUGUUUAUGUUCGAGGGGCAACAAAUGAGGAUCUGGGUGUGGUGAUCAAACGUGCAGUCUUCACCUUGCACCCUAGUUUCAAUAAUCCCACGCGGGUCAUCGAGGCACCUCCAUUUGAGUUGUCGGAAUCCGGUUGGGGUGAAUUUGAAAUUGUCAUCACCCUUCAUUUCCACAGCGAUGUUUGUGAUAAGCAAUUGGACUUGUAUCACCAUCUGAAGCUGUAUCCCGAGGAUGAAUCCGGUCCCCAGUCAACCAAGAAACCUGUUGUCGUGGAAACUUAUGAUGAGGUUGUUUUCUCUGAGCCUUCGGAGAGUUUCUUUGCUCGUGUACAGAAUCAUCCUGCUGUAAUUGUGCCGAGGCUACCUCCUAGUUUUAACUUACCUCCCCCUGGAUCAAUCGACAACAUGAAUGAAAAUAAAAGAGGUGAUACCAAGGAUCACCCGCUAAGUCAGUGGUUCAUGAAUUUCUCAGAGGCAGAUGAGCUAUUAAAACUUGCAGCAGCUCGUCAACAGGUGCAAGCUCACAUUGCGAAGCUUAGAAGACAGUUGAAUGUGCUUGAUGGGCAGCCUCAACAGUUAAAGCCCACGGCCGGUCAGUGAAUGUACUUUGGCCCACUGUGUCUUCAGUGAGUUUCUCCUCAAGUUGGUUCAUUCGUAGGUUUGGAAAUAGUCUGCAAUGUAAAGGUUAUGAUGCUGUCAAUUAGUUCAAGCGUAGCUGUCCUUAAACGCGCAUCCCCUCUUUCUUUUGACCCUAUUCCUUUUUUUCCUUUAUGCAAGAAGAGUUGAGUAGUGGUAUUAUGGUAUCAUUUUGUAUCAAACAGCAAAAGGGAAAAAAAAAUGUAUUAGUUGAUUUU